AUCAAAGAAGAAACUUAGCUAAUGUUUUAAAAAGAGCUAUCAUUAAAGAAACCAAUAAUAUUGACCUUGAUGACGAAUAUAUGAGUGACAAUAAUAAUACUCUUAGAACUGCGGUCAGAUGUACUAUUUAA